CUGAUAUCCACCGGAGUCCACACGCUGAGUGCUCGUCUAAGCAGAGAACCUGACUGGUCAUCUAGCGAGACAACUAACUAAUACAAGAUCAAUGGACAGCUUUGUCAUAAACAAGUUGACAGAGUGGCAGAUGACAGACCUUGCCGAAAGAUUUAAAGAGGAGGGGAUUGAUGAGGAGAGUUUUCUUCUUUUAGAUGAGGCUACCAUCAACCAGUUGAUCCCAAGAGCUGGCCCUAGGCUGAAGUUCCUCAAAAAAUUUAGAGGACUUGUAAGAUCAAUCCCAGAGGUAGAAGAGCUUGGGGUGGAGUUCACAGAAGCAGCUGAGCCUUUCAAAGGAAUGGAGACAGAUUAUAAACAGAUGCAGUAUUUUGCUAAAUCUGGAAACUUCAUUCAGCCAGUUGAGGAGCUUCUGUCUGGGGUUUCCUAUGUUCAGCCAAUGGCCUUUGCCACUGGCAUUGUCCGGCAAGUUGAACCUGCUGUUGUGCCUGCUAUCCCACCUACAAUCUCGGAUGUCCUACCAACUGCCACUCCUCCAAACCCCAUGGAGGAACAAGCAGCAGCUGUGGUACCAGUAAAUCAGCUCAUGCAGACAAUACACAUCAUUCCACAGUUUGAUGUCCGGCAGAUUCUUACAGGCUUACAUGAUGGCAAGCAAAUUGUUGAGAGCCUUGAUGAAGAUAAUGUCAUCACAACUAGCCAGAGACGUCUCCUCGUCCGUAUCUUGGUUUCGUACCUCAUUGAGAAGUUUGGAGAGAAUCCUACAUCAGAUGUCAAAAAGGCACUGGCAUUGGGUUUGGUUCAGUCAUUUGCCUGUUUGAAAGACUCAUCAAGCAGUGGCAGCGAAAUAUGGUACACCCCUGGACGGAGCCACCGGCCAGCCACUGGAUUCCUAGAGGAAAGGCUGCGCAACGUCAGGAAGCGGUUGAGAUCAACAAGCAGGUUGCGGAGCACGGCACAGAAACCACCACAAGCGCCAGACGAUGGCGCUCUUGCAAGGGCUCUCAUACCAGAAUGUACCAUAUCAGACGAACGAGCUUUACAGCUUAAGGAAUGGUUGAGAAAUAACUGUCAGCCCCUCAGCCAGAUAGAAACCUACAUGGGGAAUACUGCAGUCUACAGGGCCAAGUGGAUUAGAGACAACAAUUGGACCAUUGAUGAGAUCCUUGAAGAGUUCCCUCGACUAAUGACCAAAGGCAUGAUUGCACAGGACUUUCUUAUCCUGCAUGGGGAUGCCUCAUCAAAGUUGUUUGAAACUUGGCUACCCAUUUAUGCUGAGAAGAUCCUGUACCUGGCAAGACAGGAGGGGAAGCUGACAUUGCCCCUGGAUGGAUUAACACCAGAUGGUGUUGGGGAACUCGCCCUGAGGCAGCUGCCAGCCUUGCUUCCACCUACAACAUACAAAGUUGGCCGUGGCCGUGGUGCGAAAGUGGUUCGUCACACCGUUCACGAAUGCAGCUCGGCCUUCAUCGACUAUAAGCCUCCUGGAAUAAACAUGGUGGAGUACCUCCAUGAGGCCAAGGUAUGCAAACCAUACCCCCACAUCCUGAUGCUGGGAAAUGGUCAGAGUGCAUUUCAGGCCUUUGUCAUUAUAGCUGGACAGGCCCUGGAACAAGAAGCACUGCUUCAGGCCAUUGAUGUCUGCUUCAAGGCGUUCUUUGUCUUUGACAUGAAAUACCCAAAGCAAUGUGAACAUGUGUGGGAAUUCAUACAGACUGUCAUAUAUGAAAUGCCAGGAGGGAAGUCUAAAAUGGUUAAAUUUCUUCAAAGCAGAAUACUUGCUUGCAACUAGAGCUAAUAGCUCUUAAUAGGAAUUUGAAUUUAUUUGGCCUGUUGAAUGUUCAGCCAGUUAAUUUGUAAUGUUGUUUUGCAGUUUAUAUCCUACCUGAGUGAUAUGAACCGCAACAGUUCCACUUAGAGACUUGGCCUGAUACCAUUUUUUGCUUCCCGAGACCGAUUCAAGUCAUUUAUUUGAUUAUGUUUUAACAGCUGUAUACUACUAUCUCUGU